AUGGCUCCCUCAAACCAUUCUUCAGGGACUGAGUUUAUUCUUGAAGGCCUGACAAAACUCCCAGAGCUUCAAUUGCCAUUUUUCCUUCUGUUCCUUGGAAUAUAUGUGAUCACAGUGGUGGGGAACCUGGGCAUGAUCAUCUUAAUUGCUAUCAGUUCUCAACUUCACUCUCCAAUGUAUUAUUUUCUUAGUCAUUUGUCCUUCAUUGAUCUCUGCUAUUCCUCCGUCAUUACCCCUAAGAUGCUGGUGAAUUUUGUGUCAGAGAAGAACAUCAUCUCAUUUCUGGAGUGCAUGACUCAGCUUUCUUUCUUUCUUAUUUUUGUAAUUGCAGAAGGCUAUCUUCUGACAGUCAUGGCAUAUGACCGUUAUGCUGCUAUCUGUAGCCCAUUGCUUUACAAUAUUGUCAUGUCCCAAAGGGUCUGUACCAUAAUGAUGGCUGUGGUAUAUUCACUGGGUUUGUUUGGGGCCACGGUCCAUACUACCCUUAUGUCAUUGUUGUCCUUUUGUAGGUCUCAUAUUAUCAAUCAUUAUUUUUGUGAUAUUCUCCCCUUAUUGAUUCUGUCUUGCUCCAGCACCCACAUCAAUGAGAUCCUCCUGUUUAUUAUUGGAGGAGUUAAUACCUUAGCACCUACACUGGCCAUCAUCAUCUCUUAUGCUUUUAUCCUCUCUAGUAUCCUUCGUAUUCGCUCCACUGAGGGACGAUCCAAAGCCUUUGGCACUUGUAGCUCCCAUUUUAUGGCUGUGGGCAUCUUUUUUGGGUCUAUAACGUUCAUGUAUUUCAAGCCCCCUUCUAGCAACACUAUGGAGCAGGAGAAGGUGUCCUCUGUUUUCUAUACCACAGUGAUCCCUAUGUUGAAUCCCCUGAUCUACAGCCUGAGAAACAAGGAUGUGAAGAGUGAACUGAGGAAGAUGUUUGGGAGAAGGUAG